AAAAAAGUUCAGUGGACCCAAUCAAAAUCUCUACGGGCGCCUGCAAAUCCCAAUCCAGGGUUAGAGAGUUCACAUGUUGGUCUUGCCAAGGAAACGCAUUCUCCACGUUUUCAGGCGAUACUGCGUGUCACAAGUGGACGGAAGAAGAAAGCUCAUGACAUCAAGAGCUUCUCUCAUGAACUCAACUCUAAAGGGGUACGGCCUUUCCCGGUGUGGAGAUCUCGAGCUGUGGGACACAUGGAGGAGGUUAUGGCAGCAAUCAGAACGAAGUUUGAUAGACAGAAGGAAGAUGUUGAUGCUGAUUUAGGAGUUUUUGCUGGCUACUUAGUGACCACUCUAGAGAGCACUCCAGAGUCUAACAAAGAAUUAAGAACGGGUCUUGAGGAUCUUUUAGUUGAGGCUCGGCAAUGUGCAACCAUGCCAGCAAGUGAGUUCUGGGUGAAAUGUGAAGGUAUUGUUCAGAAACUAGACGAUAAACGUCAGGAGCUGCCGAUGGGAGGCCUCAAGCAGGCUCAUAACCGUCUUCUCUUCAUCCUUACUCGCUGCAACAGGCUUGUGCAGUUUCGUAAAGAGAGCGGUUAUGUUGAAGAACACAUUCUGGGAAUGCACCAAUUAGAGAGACAAUCAUGA